CUUCUACCUGUUCAUAAUCACAUCCCCUAGUCUCUGCCCCAUCCUCCCCCUGUCUGCCAGCUUCUGUGUGUGUCCUCCAGCUCUCUCCUCUUCCUUUUGAGCUCCACAGUCCACAGUGUGCAGAGAGUGAGACCAGGCAGCUUUCUUCAUGCUGAGCUACAUAGGAAUGGAAAUUUUAAUUUGCUCCUUAAAUCGAUGAAACAGUCGUUGGCCAGAGGACAUAAAUGCAUGCAAGAUGGGAAAGAAACUUUUCAUGGCCCAAAAGCGUGGGGAGACGCGAGCAGUGUGCCUGGGCAUUGGAAUGAUUAUAUGUUCAGUAAUGAUAUUCUUUCUACUCGGAGUCACCGUGCUGCCUAAAUAUCUUAAAAGUGUGUGGACUGAAAAAUCUAAAUGCACCCUCGUCCAGGCUACUUUCAAAGAAAAGGCCAGUUGUACCCAUAGCAUUAACACAAAAAAUGAAGUCAUAUUAAAAUAUCCCUGUCUGGAGGUACUGGUAAAUCUGAAUUAUUCAGAAGACAUUUUCAUGCUCUAUCACACAGAAGAAUCUUUAGAAUGGAAUUACAAGUGCUCCUACAUACCUGAGUGCAAGGAGAACUACACAGAGGUGGCACUGCAUGUACAAGAGGUUCAGGGAAAAUUCAAUCAGUCCUCUUCAUUUACUUGUUACUUUGACCCCAAGGGGAGACAGAAGAGUAUUAUUUUGAUAAGAAAAUUUGGACCACAAAAGAUGAUCUUGUGUUUCUUCUGGCCAACAUCCAUGUUUACAGUUGGACUUUGCGUAGUUAUUAUUGUAAAAAUAAGUCAGUAUUUUGCCAUGAUUUCUGUGCAGAACAACAAAGCAAACACUUGAUUUUGUCAAAAAACAUAUUUCCUUUCUACACAUGCUCUAAAUCCAGAGGUAUCUGGUGCGGAACACUUAUGUAUAGUAUAUCUGUUUCAUUAGAAUGAACACAGUUUUACAGCUACAGUAAAUGGCAAAAACCCAUAUAGUAAGAACAAUGUGAAGCAUUCACCUUACAGGACCUAUGCAUUACACUUGAUGGGACACUAUAUAAUAAUAUACAGUCACUGUUUCACAAAUACACAUUUUGUUAAUAAAAAAGUGUACAUACAG